AUUUCAAAAGUUCUUAUAAAUUAUCUGCUCUUCUAACUUGUAUUUUGAUAAAUAUGAUAUGUAAGCAAAGACUCAUAGAAACGAUAUUCUUUAACUUUUAUCUCACGUGCUUCAAACAUAAGGCAGACAUUAUGAAUCUAUAUUAUAGUACCCUAUUUAAGAUAUAAUCAGAACCUUGUAUUUCGAGAAAAUAAAGAAUAAAACUUGAUAAUGCUUUCCUGAGAUGUUGCUAAUUAAUAAUUCUAUUACUUCAAUCUCUGAAUAGGAACUAAAAUAGUUAUAUUUAAUAUUCUUUUCCAGUCCUUUGGUUGGUACAGCAUUAAAUGCAUGGGGCAAGAUUGGUUGUGGAAUAAUUCUUGCUCUUAGUGCUUAUUUUGUUUAUAUCAAUUAUAUAACAAAUCCAGAAUUUUAUAAAAGUUUGAAAUUGAGUCGCGAAGCAAGCAAAAAAAGUACACAUGAAGAACCAGCUCAUCGAGAAGCAAAUGCCGGUUAG